AUGACAGCCAACUUACCAAAAGUAGAAUGCAUAGCAAGAGCUCGUAUUCCAACCACACAAGGUCCUGACAUCUUCCUCCACUUGUACACCAACGACCAGGACUCCAAAGAACAUCUCGCCAUCGUCUUCGGCGAGGACAUAAGGUCCCGCUCUCUAUUCCGCUACAGAUACCCUGAAGAGACACAACAGGAGAGAAUGAUCAGGGGCGCAUACGUCGGGAAAUUGUACCCCGGUAGAGUGUCCGCUGAUGUGGAUGAUAGAUUGGGGUUGAAGUUGGAAUUCGAUCCAAAGACCGGUGACAUGCUUUUCGAUAAGAGAUGCGUUUGGGAUGAAGAGAAUAAGACUCUGGUGAGAAUUCAUAGUGAAUGUUACACCGGGGAGAAUGCAUGGAGUGCUCGUUGCGAUUGUGGGGAACAAUUCGAUAGAGCUGGGAAGUUGAUAUCAUUGGAUGUGGAGAAGGAAACAGGUAUCGUAGGAGGUAAUGGUCAUGGUGUGAUUGUAUAUUUGAGACAAGAAGGUCGUGGGAUCGGGUUAGGUGAAAAAUUAAAGGCUUAUAAUUUACAAGAUUUAGGUGCUGAUACCGUUCAAGCUAAUUUGAUGUUAAAACAUCCAGCUGACGGAAGAGAUUUUUCCAUUGGGAAAUCUAUCUUGAUGGAUUUAGGAAUUAAAAAUGUAAGACUAUUGACUAAUAACCCUGAUAAGAUCAGUCAAAUUGAAUAUAAACCUUAUUUGACAUGUGUGGAAAGAGUACCAAUGGUACCCAUCCAUUGGACUAAUGCAAAUGAAGGAAUCGAUUCCGUGGAAAUUGAAGGUUAUCUAAGAACAAAAAUUGAAAGAAUGGGUCAUCUACUUCAAAAACCUUUGACUUUGCAUACACAUGAAGAACAAACAACUACUGGCCAAAUAUGA